AUGCCAUCCUCGAGCGCAACCGACCAGCACGAACCCGAGAACCGUGACCAUCAACCCCAGAUCCCAAAUUGGCGCCGCAGAAUACGUGGAGUAAAACUGCCCGUCCUUCCCGUGCACAAUUCCCAGGGUAAUAGAGAUUUUUCUCUAACCACGAGCAAAGGCCAUGUUCACCUCCUCGACCAGUUCCGCGAGAAACUCCCACUCCCCAUCAGCACCCGCUUGAUCUCCAUGCUCUCAGAGUUCGUAGGCACCUUUCUAUUCAUGCUCAUCGGUCUAGGCGGUAACUCCACCAUUACCAACGAUACCGCUGUAGAAUUGCAGUACGAGGGUGGCAAGACGUCUGCGGAUCCUGACAAAGUGCUUGUAAUAGCAGUUUCCUGUGGCGCGUCCAUCACCGUGAACGCGUCGACGUUUUUCCGCAUUAGCGGUGGCUUGUUCAACCCGGCCGUCACCAUGGCCAUGAUGAUUGUACGGGCGGUACCGCCAAUCGACGGCUUCCUCGACAUGUUCAGUCAGAUGGCCGGGGCGAUCCUAGCCAGUGCAAUCGCAUACGGAUUGCUGCCGCCGGGUUCCCUAGCGACCGUGGAACUGGGCUCCUCGACAACCAUUACACAGGGCCUCUUCAUCGAAAUGUUCAUCACCUCGCAAGUCGUCAUUUCCGUCUUCAUGCUCGCGACCGAGAAAAACAAAGCCACUUUUAUCGCGCCCAUUGGAAUCGGCUUGGCGGUAUUUGCUUGUAUCCUAGUCAACCACAUACACGGGCGCGCCUUUGGCGUCUGCGUCGUCCUCGGUUCCUUCCCGUCGUACCACUGGAUCUACUGGCUGGGUCCCGCGCUCGGCGCCCUCCUCACAACGGCUUUUUACCAGCUCAUCCGCAACCUCGAGUACUGGACUGUAAACCCGGAUGUCGAUGACUAUGAAACCAAGGCUGGGGAGAUGAUUAGAGAUGUUGCGAGUAGAGUUUGA